UAGGUGUAGGUCGCGGGAUUGUUACAGUCUGUUAGAAUAUAAAGGAAACAUUAAGUGUAAGCUUAGACAAUGAGGGAAAUAGUUCACAUACAAGCAGGGCAAUGCGGCAACCAGAUCGGCGCAAAGUUCUGGGAGGUUAUAUCGGACGAGCAUGGCAUCGAUCCAACUGGCACGUACCACGGCGACUCCGACCUUCAAUUGGAGCGCAUCAACGUUUACUACAAUGAAGCAACCGGCGGCAAAUAUGUGCCGCGAGCCAUAUUGGUCGAUUUGGAACCCGGAACUAUGGAUUCGGUGCGAUCCGGGCCCUUUGGACAAAUUUUCCGACCCGACAAUUUCGUAUUUGGCCAGUCUGGUGCAGGUAAUAAUUGGGCUAAGGGACACUACACGGAAGGCGCAGAAUUAGUAGACUCGGUCCUAGAUGUCGUCAGGAAAGAAGCUGAGGGUUGUGAUUGUCUUCAAGGAUUUCAGUUGACGCAUUCACUAGGCGGAGGAACUGGGGCCGGGCUUGGUACGCUACUAAUAUCUAAAAUUAGGGAAGAGUACCCCGAUCGUAUUAUGAAUACAUUUAGUGUCGUACCCUCGCCAAAAGUAUCAGAUACGGUAGUCGAACCCUAUAACGCCACACUUUCCGUACACCAACUGGUUGAAAAUACUGAUGAGUCGUAUUGCAUCGAUAACGAAGCUUUGUAUGACAUCUGUUUCCGUACUCUUAAGCUUACCACACCGACCUACGGGGAUCUGAACCAUUUGGUAUCUGCUACAAUGUCUGGUGUGACCACAUGCCUCAGGUUUCCCGGUCAGCUGAACGCAGACUUGAGGAAACUGGCCGUGAACAUGGUUCCAUUUCCUCGUCUCCACUUUUUCAUACCAGGGUUUGCUCCAUUGACGUCUAGAGGCAGUCAGCAAUAUAGAGCUCUGACUGUGCCAGAGUUGACUCAGCAAAUGUUCGAUGCUAAAAAUAUGAUGGCAGCAUGCGACCCUCGCCAUGGUAGAUAUUUAACGGUAGCGGCGGUGUUCAGAGGCCGCAUGUCCAUGAAGGAAGUCGACGAGCAAAUGAUGAAUAUACAGAAUAAGAAUUCCUCUUAUUUCGUUGAAUGGAUUCCGAAUAACGUGAAGACGGCCGUAUGCGACAUACCGCCGAGGGGCUUGAAGAUGUCUGCGACGUUUAUAGGCAACUCCACAGCUAUUCAGGAACUAUUUAAACGUAUAUCGGAGCAGUUUACAGCGAUGUUCAGACGCAAGGCAUUUUUGCAUUGGUAUACCGGCGAAGGUAUGGACGAAAUGGAGUUUACUGAAGCCGAAAGUAAUAUGAAUGACUUGGUGUCUGAAUACCAACAGUACCAGGACGCUACCGCUGAAGAAGAGGGUGAAUUUGAUGAGGAAGAGGAGGGCGGUGACGAAGGAGAUUAGACAGGAAUAUUUUUAUUAUUUUUAUUUUUA